AAAAAAGCUUAUAGAAAGAAAAGAAAAACGAAGAAAAAUCAGAAAGAGAGAGAAAGAAGAAAAGUCUCUCUUUUUUUUUUCUUCUUCUCCCAGAUUCUCUCCUCCUCCUGCGAGAUCAAAUCUUCGUUCUCUCUCACCUUCCUUGGUUUUCUCGGCGGCUCCAUCUCUUUUUUUUUUCUUUUCUCAGAAUCGUUUGUUUCCAUUUUUCUCGGGACAAAUCUUUCUCCCUUCUGCAGAGGCCAUGUCGGACAAAGGUCGUCCCUUGCCGAAGUUUGGUGAAUGGGAUGUGAAUGAUCCAGCAUCUGCUGAAGGUUUCACAGUGAUAUUCAACAAAGCUAGGGAUGAGAAAAAGACCGGUGGCAAACCCGGAUCACCCGGUAAAUCCACUGAUGGUCAUGCUAAGUCCGGAGGAGGAGGAGGAGAUCCUAGUAAACCUCAGCCUAAAAAGUGGCUCUGCUGCAUGCAGUCUCCGUCUGUGGACUCUUGAUUGACACUAAAAGAUGGAUUUGUUUGCUGCGCAAAGAAAAAAAGAGAGAGUCACAUUGCUUAGACAUCUAAAAGCAAUGUUCUUUUUUUUUUUAAUGUUUUAUUGUCUUUCUUGAAGUACCGACGACAACAAAAGGUUACUAAGAUAAGUUGGAGCCACCCCCCUUUAGUAUCACGAUUAUGAUUCCUUCUUUGAAGUUGUUUCUUCUAUGAAAAAAAAUGUUGUAAAAUCGUGUUGUCACUUUUAUUGGAAAAGAAAAAGAAAACAUAGUAGUUAUUGUGUA